AUGUCCAACAGCUCCAGGGUGAGGGAAUUCCUGCUGCUGGGAUUCUCGGAGGUCCGGGAGCUGCAGCUGGUGCACGCUGUGCUGUUCCUCCUGGUCUACCUGGCGACCCUGAUGGGAAAUCUCCUUAUCAUUGCCAUCACCGCCCUCGACAGACGCCUCCACACCCCCAUGUACUUCUUCCUCAGGAACCUGUCCCUCAUCGACAUCUGUCUCAUCUCCAUCACCGUCCCCAAAUCCGUCACCAUCUCCUUGACUAACUGCCGGUCCAUCUCCUUCUUGAACUGUGCCAUUCAGCUCCUUCUGGUGGUCCUGUUUGCGGUCUCGGAGUUUUUCAUCCUUAUGGUCAUGUCCUAUGACCGCUACGUCGCCAUUUGCCUCCCCCUGCGCUACGAGGUCAUCAUGAAAGCAGGGGCUUGUGGGAAGAUGGCGGCCGUAUCCUGGCUCAGUGGAGGGCUGAUGGGGGUCUUGUUUUCAGCUUCGAUCUUCUCCUUGUCCUUCUGCGGGUCCAACGUUGUCCAGCAGUUCUUCUGUGACGUCCCCUCCCUGCUAAAGAUCACCUGCUCUGAAGACCACUCCGCCAUCAACGUGGGUGUGACCUUAGCGCUAGCCAUAUGUGCCGUAGGCUUCAUUUCCAUUGUCACCUCGUACGUGCACAUUUUCUGGGCCGUUCUGAGGAUGCCAGCCGCCGAAGGCCGGGCCAGAGCCUUCUCCACCUGCCUUCCCCAUCUCGUCGUCUUCACCGUCUUCCUCUCCACAGGCAUGGUUGGUUAUCUCAAGCCGCCCUCACACUCUUCCACCGUGUUCGACCUGCUGCUGUCCGUGUUCUACGUCGUCAUGCCCCCGGCCCUGAACCCUCUCAUCUACAGCCUGAGGAACCGGGACUUGAAAGCUGCUCUAUGGACAGUCUUAAAAAGGUGA